AUGCCAGGAUCUCCUGGAAGCCUAGAAAUGGGACCGUUGACAUUUAUGGAUGUGGCCAUAGAGUUCUCUCUGGAGGAGUGGCAAUGCCUGGACACUGGUCAGCAGAAUUUAUAUAGAAAUGUGAUGUUAGAGAACUACAGAAACCUGGCCUUCCUGGGUAUUGCUGUCUCUAAGCCAGACCUGAUCGCCUGUCUGGAGAAAGAAAAAGAGCCCUGGAAGACGAAGCGACAUGCAGUGGUGGAUGAACCCCCAGGUAUGUGUCCUCAUUUUGCUCAAGAUCUUUGGCUACAGCAGGGCAUGGAAGAUUCUUAUCAAAAAGUAAUACUGAGAAGACACAAAAAAUGUGGACAUGAUAAUUUACAGUUAAGAAAAAGCUAUAAAAGUAUGGAUGACUAUAAGGUCCACAAAGAAAAUUAUAAUGGACUUAACCAUUGUUUCACAACUACCCAAAGAAAAGUAUUUCAAUGUGGUAAAUAUUUGAAAGUCUUUUAUAGAUUCUUAAAUUCAAACAGACAUAAGGUAAGACAUACUGGAAAGAAAGCUUUCAAGUAUAAAAUAUGUGUAAAAUCAUUUUGCAUGCUUUCACAUAAAACUCAGCAUAAAAGCAUUCAUGCUGGAGGGAAACUAUACAAAUGUGAAGAAUUUGGCAAAGGAUUUAUAUGGACCUCAAACCUUACUGAACAUAAGAGAAUUUAUACUAGACAGAAACCGUACAAAUGUGAAGAUUGUGGCAAAGCAUUUUUAUGGUCCUCAACCCUAACUAAACAUAAGAGGAUACACACUGGAGAGAAACCCUACAAAUGUAAAGAAUGUGGCAAAGCUUUUAAUCGAUCUUCAAGGCUUGCUACACAUAAGAUAAUUCAUACUGGAGAGAAACCUUACAAAUGUGAAGAAUGUAGCAAAUCAUUUAUAUGGUCCUCAACCCUUGCUGAACAUAAGAGAAAUCACACUAGAGACAAACCCUACAAACGUAAAGAAUUUGACAAAGCAUGUAGCCAAUCCUCAACCCUAACUAGAUAUAAGAGGAUGCACAGUAGGGAGAAACCCUAUAAAUGUGAAGAAUGUGGGAAAACUUAUAGCCAAUCCUCAACCCUUACUACACAUAAGAUAAUUCAUACUGGAGAGAAACCCUACAAAUGUGAAGAUUGUGGCAAAGCUUUUAAUCAAUGCUUUGCCCUUACUACACAUAAGAUAAUUCAUACUGGAGAGAAACCAUACAAGUGUGAAGAAUGUUGCAAAGCUUUUAAUCGACCCUCAAAUCUUACUACCAGUAAGAUAAUUCAUACUGGAAAGAAACUCUACAAAUGUGAAGAAUGUGGCAAAGCAUUUAUGUUGUCCUCAACCCUGACUAAACAUAAGAGAAUGCACACUAGAGAGAAACCCUACAAAUGUGAAGAAUGUGGCAAAGCUUUUAAUCAAUCCUUUAACCUUACUACACAUAAGAUAAUUCAUACUGGAGAGAAACCUUACAAGUGUGAAGAAUGUGGCAAAGCUUUUAAUCGAUCAUCAAAUCUUACUACACAUAAGAGAAUUCAUACUAGAGAUAAACCCCAGAAACGUGAAGAAUGUGACAAAGCUUGUAGCCAAUCCUCAACUGUUACUACACAGAAGAUAAUUCAUACUAGAGAAAAACCCUACAAAUGUGAAGAAUGUGGCAAAGCUUUUCAUCGAUGCUCAAGUCUUACUACACAUAAGAUAAUUCAUACUGGAGAGAAACCUUACAAGUGUGAAGAAUGUGGCAAAGCAUUUAUCUGGUCCUCAUCCCUUACUAACCAUAAGAGAAUUCAUACUAGAGGGAAAUCUUACAAAUGUGAAGAAUGUGGGAAAGCGUUUUUAUGGUUCUCAACUCUUGCUGCACAUAAGAGAAUUCAUACUAGAGAGAAACCCUACAAAUGUGAAGAAUGUGGCAAAGCAUUUAGGUGGUCCACAACUCUAAUUAAACAUAAGAGGAUGCACACUGGAGAGAAACCGUACAGAUGUGAAGAAUGUGGCAAAGCUUUUAGCCAAUCCUCACACCUAAGUACACAUAAGAUAAUCCAUUCUGGAGAGAAACCCUACGAAUGUGAAGAAUGUGGCAAAGCUUUUAACCAAUUCUCAACUCUAACUAAGCAUAAGAGGAUGCAUACUGGAGAGAAGCUCUACAAAUGUGAAGAAUGUGGCAAAGCUUUUAAUCGAUCCUCAAAUCUUACGAAACAUAAAAUAAUUCAUACUGGAGAGAGACCUUACACAUGUGAAGAAUGUGGCAAAGCAUUUAUAUGGUCCUCAACCCUUACUGAACAUAAGAGAAUUCACACUAGAGAGAAACCCUACAAAUGUGAAGAAUGUGGCAAAGCAUUUAGCCAAUCCUCAACCCUAACUAUACAUAAGAGAACGCACACUGGAGAGAAACCCUAUAAAUGUGAAGAAUGUGGCAAAGCUUUUAGCCAGUCCUCACAUCUUACUACACAUAAGAUAAUUCAUACUGGAGACAAACCCUACAAAUGUAAAGAAUGUGACAAAGCAUUUAGCCAGUUUUCGACCCUAACUAAACAUAAGAGGAUGCACACUGGAGAGGAACUCAGCAAAUGUGAAGAAUGUGGCAAAGCUUUUAAGCAACACUCGACCCUUACUACAUGCAAAAUAAUUCAUGAUGUAGAGAAACUCCACAAAUGUAGAAAAUGUGGCAAAGCUUUUAAUUGAUCCUCAAAUCUUACUACAUAUAAUUGAUACUGAAGAGAAACCUUACAAGUGCGAUGAAUGUGGCAAAGUAUUUAUCUGAUCCUCAUCCUUUACUAAGCAUAAGAUAAUUCAUAUAAGAAAGAAACCUUACAAGUGUGAAGAAUGUGGCAAAGCAUUUAUAUGGUCCUCAAUCCUU